AACUUUUGUGCCACCGCAAAUAUUAGUUACGUAAUUGAAUUAAAUAAAAAACAAAUCGAAACAACAAUAACAAUUUAAUAAAAUCAAAAAUAUUUAAAAUAAUUUGUCUAAGUUAGAUUUACAUUUUCUAAAUUGAACUUUUGCGUUGCUUUUAACAAAGAAAAAUCAAAAAUGUCUCUUGAGAUUCUUUAUCACGCCAUUAAGAGCGAAAUAAAUUCGCACUUCACUGCGACGGUGGCCACGGUGCACUACCUGCUCAUCCAACAUGGCUUCAAAUGUGUGGCCCUCGGGGAGAAGCCCCCCGAGAAAGUUGACACUCGUCUGACUGAUUUGUUGCCACCAUCCUGGAAUGAAAACACGUACAAAUGCUCUCUGGUCUAUUGGAGUCCAUCACUGGAGUUCUAUCUCUUCCUCAAGAUCUUUCAUAUGAAGGAGUUUGCUCUUGUGCAUCUUCUGAAGAAUGAGAAUGUAUCAAUGAAGGACAUGGAUGUGCAGUACAGUGUGUACUUCAGUGAUGACUUCUCGUCAUUUCAGAGCUUGUUCCAGCGACCAAACGCGUUGUUGGAUGUGAUCGACACGCAGCUCAUCCGUCCGAGCCUCGUGCCGCUGAAGAAGGAGGUGGCCGUGCAGAACUUGGUGAAGCAGGAAGAGGAAGUGAUAAGCACACCUCAAACGACGUCUCGGCCUUCAAACUCAGCCACCGCUGUGUCCCUCCCUUGUGGAAGGUGUGACCUCGACCCUCUCUGCCCGUGCACCAGUGGGGGGGCUAGUGGCAUGUUGUUUGACCCACUCAGGAAUUUUAUGCACCCACCACCACCACCUCCAUUUUUACGGCCUUGUCCUGAUAACGAUAACGAUCCCUCUAGAAUUCCAUUAGGUUCAGUGCCACCCGGCGCCCGAUUUGAUCCCAUUGGUCCGAAUCAGCAGGACCCCCGAAGGACGUGGGAGCCCGAUCCAGACCAUCUGAAGAUGCCCUCCUUCAAUGAUAGGUCCAAUCUGUGAGGUGGUCGGUGGCCUGGUGCUGGUCAUCCGUCGUCUUAUUACACAGUACUGUGUUGAGAUUCAUCUGACAGUUCUCUCUUCUGCUACGUUGCUUUCUUUCAUUGUUUACAUAAGAUAUAUAUAUAUAUAUAUACAACAACAGCGGUGAUGUCAUCACCUAUCUUGUUUAAUUAACCUUAUAGACAUCAUUAUCGUCAUCUAAACAUUUCGCUUG